CUUGACAAAAUACUAUGAACUGAUAAAAGGCAAGUAAAACGGGCUUCUCAGACCUUCCAAACUUGUGCUCAUAUAUAAACACCCCAAAGCCAGCCAGACGGCUGUUCCUUCUGUCGGCUGAAAAUGACCAUCAAAUCCUUUCACAUCGAGUACGACGCCAUCAACAGCAGGAAUACUUUCACAAAUGGAGACACUCUUAACGGGCGGAUCGUCCUGGAAGCCGACAAAGAGACAAAAAUUAACUCACUUGCUUUGAUAGCCAAAGGAAAAGCUCGUGCUUGUUGGACUGAACACUAUGAUAAUGACAAAUCUGAUGUUUACUGGUAUGAUGAGAAAUAUUAUAACUUCAGACAUGACAUCGUGAAAGAAACAAGACAUGAUGACAGUGAAAUAAUUGGAAUUGGGCGACAUGUGUUUCCCUUCAGCUUCAAGAUACCAGAUAGAGAGAUGCCAUCAUCUUUCUGGUCAAUGUUUGGCAGAGUCCUUCAUAAGCUGAAGGCAGAGCUCAAACAGUCAAUGAGGCUAAAAAAAAGGACAGAAAUUUACUACACAUUUGUGUCCCGAGCAGACAUGAGCAUACCCAGACUCCUGCUGCCUCAACACACGUACAAUGAUAAAUACAUUCCUUUUGGUUUUGGAAAAGUCACAAUGGAUGUCCGCGUUAGGAAGAUGGGAUACAAAGCUGGUGAAUCCAUGAAUGUCAGAGUUGAUGUCAACAAUCUCUCCAAAUGUUCAGUCCGACCCAGAUUCAUCCUGUAUGAGAAGAGGACCUUUUCUGGAGGAGGUCGAAAUAAAGUUGAAAUGCGUCCAGUCCUCAAAGCGAAGGGUGACAGUGUUGAGUCCUGUUCGGGCAAAAAAACUGUGACGCAGGUCAUCACCCUCCCAAGUGAACUUCCUCCAUCUAUUAUAAACUGCUCCGUCGUUAAACUGGAGUAUAAACUGAAGAUAUUUUUGAAUAUCAAAUGGUCUUCAGACCCAGAGGUCAUGCUCCCGCUCAUCAUCCUGCCCAGAGAGACAGAUAUAACAUUCUUACCUCCUUCAUAUUAUGACUUAAGUAUCGAAGCAUUUGAAGACCAAAAUCAACCACCCAGCACAACACAAGAUGUGGAUCUUCCACCGUCCUAUGAAACAUCAUCAUUGUAUCCCUGCUUACCCUCUGAUGAAUUCUACUCCACAUUGUGAAGGCCUGUUUACAUUGCUGUUAAGUGGCAGACCAACAGACUCCUGCUAGUAUUUUUUAAUCAACGCAAUUUUCUUCACCAGCUUUACAAUUGGAUAUUAAAAAGUCUAACUCAACAGCUUGGAUCCACUUA